CCAAAUCUAUCACAAGUCAGCGAAAUAAUAUUUGGGCCCAAAUUGUGAAAAAGCCCACCAAAGUCCAAAAUUCGAGACCGUUCUUAACUUGUAAAUUACGAACUCCUUUUUCCCAGAUCGAGCAUCAUUCUGCUUAAAUAAGAGAAAACGAAAACCUUUAAUAAGCAGAGCUCUAUCGAUGAAAUCAACGCAACAAAAACUAGAAUACAAAAAAUGAAGAAACCUCAUUUCUUGAAGAAUCCAGUUUUUUUCUUAUUUCUUCUCAUCACUGCUUCUUCCUUAACUAUACUCAUCUUCUCCUUUCUUAAACUACCGGAAACAACUCCCGCCACCGGUAACCAUCUUCGCAAAUUUGGAGACGACUUAUCCGACGAACUCGGUUUCUUCGGGAAGAUGAUGAUCGAAAUGCUACCUGAAGAUCUGGUUUUCACAGCCUUCGUACCGUCGGAAAAAUCAUUCAGCCGAGAUCUAGGGCUGAAAUUAAACAAGAGCCGUCCGAUUAAAUCCCCUGAAGACGAUGACGGAGAUAACACAUACGCCGUCGUAUCGAGGAUCAUGAGUUUCGCGGUGGUUCCUUACAAAGUAGAAGAAGUUGACAUAGGGAAAGAAGAAACGGCGUCGUAUGAGUCGUUGAGUGGUUUCACACUUAAGAUUUGGAAAAAAAGAAAUGGUGGUGGAUUGGUCGUUAAUGGCGUUAAGACUGAGAAGAUGGGUUUAAAGAGAGGGAAAAUCAUUGCCCAUAUAAUGAACGGUGUUGUAAUGGAUUCUGAUUUUGCACAAUCUCUUGCUUCUUCUACUCCUCAAGACGAAGAUGAUCCAUAGAGAAGAAGAAGAAGAAGAUUAUUGUUUUGAGUUUUUGACUAAACAGAAAAUUAUUCACUUAAAUCACAAUUAAAUUAAAAUUCUCACCAUUUUUUUUGCCUUAAUAGUUGUUUUUCUUUUUACUUUUAAUCGUUCCACUAA